CGAAGUUGGUCGUUUUGUAUAAAUUCACGGUUUCACGAUGGAUAAUAUUUCGGAGCAACGCGUGUGUAUUAAAUUUUGUUUCAAAAUUGGUAAAAAUGCGACGGAAACUUUUGAAUUGAUAAAAUUGGCUUUUGGAAAUGUUGCACUAAGCCGUGGUGUGACUUUUGACUGGUUCAAACGUUUUAAAGAUGGUCGUAUAUCCAUUGAAGAUGACCAUCGUCCUGGGCGUCCAUUAACAUCAAAAACAAAUGAUACCAUUAUUCUAGUUCGAGAAAAAAUUAGAUCCGACCGAAGAUUAACUGUCAGAGAAGUAGCUAAUGAAGUUGGCAUAUCAAUUGGUACUUGUCAUUCGAUUUUAUCAGAUGAAUUGGGUAUGAAAAGAGUGUCCGCAAAAUUAGUGCCAAAAUUGUUAACCGAAGAGCAAAUGGAACAUCGCAUUGAAGUGUGUUUGGAUCUAAAAAAUCGGGUUUCUAACGACCCAAGUUUUAUAAAAUCAAUAAUUACGGGCGAUGAAAUAUGGGUGUAUGGAUAUGAUCCCGAAAUCAAAGUCCAAUCAUCGCAAUGGAAGACCACAAAUUCACCUCGUCCAAAAAAAAUGUCGUCAGGUCCAGGCAAACAUCAAAGCAAUGCUCAUUGUUUUUUUUGAUUUUAAUGGUUUAGUCCAUUAUGAGUUUGUACCUACAGAUCAGACAGUAAAUCAAGUGUUCUAUAAACAAGUACUAGAAAGAUUAAGAGAAAAAGUACACCGUAAAAGGCCAGAAGCGUGGAAAUCAAAGUCGUGGUUUUUGCACCAUGACGAUGCACCGGCACAUUCUGCACUUUCUACUAAAAAGUACCCUCAAAAGCCACAGAUUUGAAGACAUUAAAAAAACUAUUUAUAACGUGAUACAAGAUCUAAAGGCUAUAAAUAUAGAGGAAAUUCAAAGGUGUUUCGAAAAGUGGCAAGAUCGUUGGGAGCAUUGUAUUGAUGCUAAAGGACACUAUUUUGAAGGUGAUCCAUUUAAAUAAUUUGUAAGUUUGAAAUAUAAUUUUUAAUAAUUUUAGGGUAUUUAUUGAAUACACCUCG